AUGUGCACGACGGAGAUGACGGAAUCAUAUACGAUGUCACCGUCAACGACCGUGUCUUCCAGCGGGACGACGGCGGCCUGUUUGGUUGGCUCGCCCGGCCACCGACGGACACCUUGCAGAGGUUCACCGUGUCGAGGUAGUGAAGUUCAGGAUGAUGAGGACGUAAUUUCGGUUGGUUGUCCAAGUCCAUUACCGUUGGUAGUAGUUGCAUCUUCGACGGAAAGCGAGGAUAGAUUGAUAUCGUCAAGGGAGGAUUAUGUCGAACGAUUGAGUCCUAGGAGAGUAGGAUACAGUCGAACGGAUUCGACUAUGGACAGUGAAGACAAUUAUUCGUCAAGGAAUAGCGAUUAUAGAACGUCUAAUGGAAGGAGUUCGAUAAGGACUCACGAGAGUAGUGGUGGUGAUUCUGUAACGACAUUGAGAGAGGAUGAGGAUUUAGAAGAGGACGAAGAGGAAUUGGAGAGUAGAACUAGUAGCAACGGUACUUCGGCUACAGCCGGUGCUACGGACGAUUACUUUAAGCCACUAAAACGAUUGCAAAUGGUUCAAAUGCAACACUCAGACGAGGAAGAGGAUAGAGAUCGGGACAGCAAUGAACGUGGUGUUAAAUCUUUCAGUAUUCUCGAUAUUUUAUCUCACAGACCUAAAGCGAAAAUCGUUAGACCCUGGGACACGGUUGAUUCUACGAUUGGUCAUCGUCAACAUCUUCAUCAUCAUCAACAGCAACAGCAACAACAGCAACAACAACAACAGCAACAACAACAACAGCAUCUUCAACAUCAUCUCCAUCAUCAUCACUUACACCAUCACAAUCAUUCGACAAAUUCCAGUAGCAGAGAAUUGUCUCUGAUGGGCAUGUCAUUGGCGUCUAUGUCAAGUACAAUAAGCGAACCACCUCUCAGUAGUUCGUCCUCAUCCGGUAGAAGUUCUGUUUCCGAUUCAGGUAGUCCCGAUCCUCUCGCUCAUCAUCACCACCACCAUCACCACCACCAUCACCACGCGGCACGACACCAUGCCGUUCAUCCGGGACUGCAUGCUGCGGCUUUACAACAGCAGCAACAACAACAGCAACAGCAAUUCAAGAAAAAGAGUUCACAGCAACACGGGAACUCGCAAACUGGACAGAAUGGAAAGAGAAGUACUGGCCAGGGUAGUCCUUUGGACGCACUGUUCCAAAUGACGAGCAAAACUUUCGACGCUGGUGAACAUAGUCAAGAACAAGCGAAUCACUUAAACUUGUUCAACAAUCGUCAGCAACCGAAGAAAAAACGUAAAAGUCGGACAGCGUUUACGAAUCAACAAAUCUACGAGUUAGAAAAACGUUUUCUUUAUCAGAAAUAUUUGAGUCCAGCUGAUAGGGACGACAUAGCACUUAAAUUGGGUCUGAGUAAUGCCCAAGUGAUCACGUGGUUCCAAAACAGAAGGGCGAAGCUUAAAAGGGACAUGGAGGAAUUGAAAAAGGACGUGCAAACGGUGAAUCCACUUUUGGUUGCUCAACACCAUAAAACUUUUCUGGAGAACGUGCAAGAUCUUGGAAUCUUGAAGAAACGACCACUACCAAGUUCGAUGGAAGAAAAAUCGUAGAAGAAGAAAAAUAAAAAAAACAUUUUUCUCUAUACGUUAUUUUUCAUAGAAACCAUCGCGAAUAUAGGAAAAUGAAUUUUUUCAUUAAUUUCUUCGCUGAAGAAAAAUAGUAUGGGAAUAUAAACCAACGAGUGGGAUGAUCGUUCAUUUAACGAAAUUAUUUCGAGAACGUGAAAGAAACUAUAAUGAACUUCGAUAUAAUAUAACAGACAAUUUCUUCGAUAUUAUUACUAUAUUAUCGAUUUCCCGAGUAAUCUUUUUUAAUAUUUUCUUUUCCUUUUUUUUUUCUUUUUAUCAUGGUCAUUAUGUGUCGAAGUAGGAUUAUUUAAAAAAGGGCUUCUCAAACUUUUCCACUUGGUGAUCAUCAUAUCAUAAGUAUUUCUUAACCCUGAAUAUAAACUUAA